AAAAAAUACAUAACGCGUUGUUGCAGCUUUAACCCCCCCAACAAAAAAAAAAAUCACAGAUUGACCUUUCCUUCUUCUUCAUCGUCUUCUUCACCAAAUCGCACUUUCUCCAAAUCUAGAUUCUCCUCUUAGCAUUUCACUCUCUUCGUGAUUUCAAUUGACUCAUAAUCAUAACCGACCAGAUCUGGUGGUUUUUUUCACACAAAACCCGAUGAAGAUGGCGGCGGCGGCGGCCAACGGGCGGUUUUUCACGAUCGGGAUCGUGGCGUCGUGGUACUCGUCGAACAUCGGAGUGCUGCUCCUGAACAAGUACCUGCUGAGCAACUACGGGUUCAAGUACCCGAUCUUCCUGACCAUGUGCCACAUGACCGCCUGCUCCCUCCUCAGCUACGUGGCCAUCGCGUGGAUGAAGAUGGUCCCUAUGCAGACGAUCAGAUCCCGCGUCCAGUUCCUCAAGAUCGCCGCCCUCAGCCUCGUCUUCUGCGUCUCCGUCGUGUUCGGGAACAUCUCUUUGAGGUUCCUCCCGGUGUCGUUUAACCAGGCGAUCGGCGCCACGACGCCGUUUUUCACGGCCGUGUUUGCGUAUUUGAUAACGCUGAAGAAGGAGGCGUGGUUGACUUAUGUGACGCUUGUCCCUGUUGUCACUGGUGUUGUUAUUGCUAGUGGGAGUGAACCAAGUUUCCACCUGUUUGGAUUCAUAAUGUGCGUUGCAGCCACAGCUGCGAGAGCACUUAAAUCAGUUCUUCAAGGGAUUUUGCUAUCUUCAGAAGGGGAGAAGCUAAACUCAAUGAAUCUCCUCCUCUACAUGGCUCCCAUAGCGGUUGUGUUCCUUCUUCCUGCUACCCUUAUCAUGGAGAAGAACGUUGUUGGCAUCACGAUUGCACUCGCCAGAGACGAUUUUAGAAUCGUUUGGUAUCUGCUAUUCAAUUCGGCGCUUGCUUAUUUCGUGAACUUGACUAACUUCUUAGUCACGAAACACACCAGCGCUCUGACUCUUCAGGUGCUAGGAAACGCCAAAGGAGCAGUAGCAGUGGUGGUUUCCAUCUUAAUAUUCAAGAAUCCUGUCUCGGUGACUGGAAUGUUAGGUUACUCUCUAACGGUCAUUGGAGUAAUCCUCUACAGUGAAGCCAAGAAACGAAGCAAAUGAAGUUAAAGAAAGCUUCUUCAAUUUUUAUUUGUUAGGUCCUUGCAGGUUAAAACACAAAGGCAAAGUUUCUUUUGAUGUGAACAAAAGCAUCUCUGGACCAGAAGCAAAAAGUAUAUGUAAAGGCAACACCAAAAGGAUCAGGGAGAGUACCAUAAGCAAUAAGUGAUUUUGUUUCCUUCUUUGUUCUUUUUUGUUUUUGUUUAUGGAUCUUCUACAGCUUUUGUCAUAGGUUGUUCUAAGAGUAACUUGGAUGUAGCUUCCUUUUUUUGGUCGAUUCUUUACAUCUACUUUUGUGAUAUCAACAUUUAUAACACUGAUUAAUUAAUGGAAAAGACAAUGCUUUUUUUUC